AUGGUGGCAGCGCUCGUCUCGACCUUGACCCCUCUUGCAAUGAAGUUUGGAAUUUCGGCGGACCACGCCAGUUUUCCAGAAAGAGCAAAAGCACGACUCAGUAGUUCGACAUACAAGGCUCCAUCAGACUCGGAGGAAUCUACAGACGAGUAUGAGGCGGCUGUUAUCGAACCGUCCGACUCAGAGGACUCGUUUUAUUACGCGUCUGACGAGGAAAUACCAUCUAGAACAAAAACCAAAGCCGGUCCUCCAAAGACGGCGACAGAGCAGCGAGAGUUGACAGAGGCAAUGGCUUCUGUCAAGUUGCAUACAGAAUAUCAGGAUCCACUAGAGGCGUGGAUAAAGCAGAAUCAGCAAGAGGCAUUCCAAAUAGCGCAAAAUCGUAUGAAAAGGUCUCAUAUCACUAUGAGGAAUCUCUAUAUGACAGCAACUCAGAUCACACAAACGAGCAUGGACGUCAGUGCUCAGGAACAACAGCGAGACGUGGAGCGAGUGAUCCGGGCUCGCCAGAGUGAAAGGGAGAGACAAGAGCGUCUUGAACAGGAGCGGUGGGAAGCUCGAAACAAGGCUCUCUGGGAGCACGUCGACAAAGCUGCAGCGAUAGUCGAGGCUCGCCUCGAGGCUGAGCGACAAGCAGAAGAGGCCAAGAGACGACAGGCAGAGGCUGAAGCCAGGAGAAUAGAAGAAGAAAAGCAAAAGCGACUACAAGCGGAACAACAGGCGCGGGAAAAGGCAGAGGCGGAGAAGAGGCGGAUUGCGGAAGAAAAAGCUCGAGCUGCCGAGGAAGAGAAGAAGAGGGUCGCUGCAGAAAAAGCGGCAGAAGAAAAGGAGCGAUUAGAGGCAGAGGCAAAGCAGCAGCGUGAAAAGGAGGCACUGUCCAAGUUCGAGGCGGAGCGUAAGCGAGCGGGACUCUCCACGCCAAGGGAGGACUGGGAUAGGGCGCUGGAAAUUAUGCAGAAUGUGAAGCACGGUCAUCUUAAGCGGGUCAAAGAGGAUUCGGUAGCCCGACGACAAUGGAACGGGAUUCGCAGAAAUGUCACGUUGCGUAUAGGUCAGCUCACCGACAACGAUAGCGAGGUUGCAAGGAUUUCCACACAAAUCUUCGAGCUCGUUCGAGUGCUUGACCCAUCGACGGACAUAUAUCCUGCUGCGUUAUCUGCACUGGCCAAGGCGAUCGUACUGCAAGCAGAAACAGAAGUAACUGCCAAGCUGGAUACCGCCGGUCCUCUGGCUGCGGUCGUGAUCAACCUCUUCAACCUGCCUGGCUUUGACGAAGUCCUCUGGUCACGAAUGGUCACUCGAACAGGAGGGUGGGUGAUUGGCCAUUUUGUGACCAAGCGACAGGGACAAAACGAUGCCGAGUUUCGCAAGCUUGCAGGGUAUCGAGAGGACGAGACACAAGUGGACCGACAGACUCGCAUAGGCGGUGUCAUAUCGCUCUAUUUUGCAAUUUGCACGUCCCCUAAAGCCACAAGUAUGCUGCCCACCCCGUUCUGGCCAACCAAAAUCUGGUCCUUCCUUUCACGUAUCAUGGGCGAUGCACGAUUAACGCGGCAAUCCAUGGCCCCAUACCUGAUGCACUCAUGUCUUGAAAUGGCUGCCGGCACGGGCCUGGCCAUGUUUGGUCGUCAAUGGCUCAAGCUACUGAUUGCACUGGGCCAGAGUAGCAUGGAGGAGGGCCGAAUGGGUGCAUCGGACGACGCGGGAAAGACUGCCCGUGUGCGACUCCAGCUCAGAGCCGAAAAGCUCCUAGGAGAGGCGGGAGUCAUGGGUUCCGCGCGCUAA